AUGGCGGGUUGGCAUGACCGUUAUGCGACCGCUCCUCCACCUUCACCUUCGUUCUCCCGCCUCUCUCUGACCUUCCUGUGUCUGCUGACCGUCCUCCUCCGUCUCACGUCCGCCCUCCAGACCGUCGCCGGGUCGCCUUGUGAAUCUGUGUGCGCCGACGCAGGAACCCUCGAGGACGACGUGGUCUGCCUCGAUGCCGACUACCAGUCUCUGCCGCAGGGUCGAGCAUAUCAAAAGUGCGUGGCCUGUCAGUUGAAUAGCACAGCGGUGGACACGAACAGGAAUGAGACCGACGUAGAAUGGGCAUUGUUGGCUCUUCGUUACACUCUUUCGGGGUGCAUGUUCGCCUGGCCGUCGACGCAUAUCUCGAUCAGCAGCCCUUGCCAGGUCAGCUGCGCUGUGCUGAACGAGUCGAUCGAGUACCAGAUAACAAAUGACUCUUCGAAUCUGUCUCCUGGAGGCGAGUUCUGCAACGUAGGCGAUUUUGACAGCACCAGCAUCAACCGGUGUGCUUUCUGCUAUAGUUUUAUUCCGCAACAGCUGUUUCUUGCGAAUUUCCUGCAAGCGCUGCACAUAUCCUGUGUGCAACCGCCCGUUUCCGGCAAAGAGUUCUUCCCAGACGCAGCAGCCAUCUUCAACGAGACGCUCAUAGCAGGUCCCAGCGCGUCAUCCAGGAAGGGCGGUUCCGGCGGCGGCCUUCACGGAUGGCAACUGGCCAUUGCCAUCGCACUGCCCAUAGUCGGCGGAAUCUUGCUCAUCGGCGGCACGUGCUGGUGCUGUUUCGCCUUCACGCGAAAGCGGCGACAGCGCAUGGCUCAGACGGGACGCAUGAGCCGAAUCCACGAUGCGAACGCUGACCACAUGUUCGGUAGUCCCAUGUCGGCCAAAGCAGUCGAAGCCUGGAGCCAGGUUCAACCCCCGACCGAAAUGCACGCCAUCAGCCCGACGCUCCUCCACGCCAAACAGCCGAGCCCGGGAUUGGCCCAGGGACGCUGGAGUAGUCACCACCACCAGGGAGGACAAGGCGAAGAGCCAUCCGAGCACGGCGGGACCCCGCUUAGGACCAGCUUCCAACAGCAGCAAGAAGACAUCGGACCCGGAAAUGGUCAGGUACGGGAUCCACAACUACAUGAGCAGUAUUUUGGGUUGGGCGACGAGCAGGACGCAGAAGGCCACUUCGACUUCGACACCGUUCCUGGACCAAGUGCUGGUCAACAAUACCCUCAGGGGCACUACUACAAUCCGGAAGCUAUAGGCGUGGCAUAUGGGCAGCCUCAUGCGUCCAUGCAGGAUCAUGAAAGGGGCCAUUUUGUCUGA